UACUGUCCCCGUACAGUUUUCGAUAUUUCACAAAAUAACAUUUCUGCUUCAAAACCGUUUGCUUCGACAAGAUAUGACCAGCAGAAAUUUUAUACAUUGCUUUCAAGAUUACUCGUCAAAAUCAAUCCAAGUCCGAUAAUUUGUAAUUGUAUUCCUGAGGUUAAUUCUAAUCCUAUUAUUACAAGUUACUAUUUUUAUCUUAACAACAAAUGUUCAAGUACGUAUCAAAAUCUAACUUACCCACAACUCGAUUGGCUUUGCGAGUAUCCUAGUGAAUUUCGAGGAAGACCAGUGCACACAAUAACCGAAAUGGAAGAGUAUUGUAAAAUAGUCCACGAAGACUGCCCGGAUAGAUGUACAUGCUUUAAACGUACUUAUUCGCCAACGAUAAUAAUUGACUGCGGAAAUGUCAAUGUUUCUUACUUGCCGCUAAGUUUCAACACGAACUUUUCUAUUGAAAUGUGGUUUCGAAAUUCAUCCCUGAAGGGACAGUUAGACAGUACUGAUUAUCUAUACAAAGUUAAAGUCAUAGAUAUUUCAUAUAACGCCGUGAAUAAAAUUACGGAUGCUUUCUUUGAUAACCUCAUAUUUGUAGAAACAACCAAGCUCAAUAAUAACGAGUUACAAACAUUACCUACAAAUAUUGCUUCCAUAAACGCUACAAGCAUAUCUGUGAGUGGAAAUAACUUUGUUUGUGAUUGUACGAACAAGUGGUUCAAAUACUGGUUGUUGGAGGAUGAACACGUUGUAGCUGACUGGUUGGAAGUGAAAUGCACAACCGUUAACGGCGAAAACAAGCAAAUAAUAGCUGUCCCUGACUCGCUAUUUAUCUGUAGAAGUGAAGUAAGAUUCAGCGUUAAUGAACAUGUUGUGUUUCCCUCCGUUAUAAUUGGAUCGACACUGUUUGUCAUUGUUAUUCUUGUGGCAUUGACCUUUGCUUUUAGAGAAAAUGUUAAAGUCUUCAUGUUUUUGUAUUUUGGUAUUCAUCCAUUUGACAACCGGCUUGAUGGAAAAAAUAGAUAUGACGCUGCUUUGAUAUACUCUGUGGAAAAUAAACAUACAGCAUCCAAUAUAUUAAAAGUGUUAGGAGAAAAAUACAAAGUUGCUGAUGUACACAUGGAUGCAGUUGUAGGAAUGACGAUUUUUGACAGUAUGGACUACCUUAUACUUUCAUCUAGAAGGGCACUCUUCUUUAUAAGUGAACAUGAACUAUUAAAUCCAUUCACAAUGCAUGCAUGGCGUACCGCCUAUAAACAUGCACGAGAUACUCAUUUUGAUUUUAUAAUUCUGAUUGCAAAAGACCAGAAUUUAGAAAGAUCUGGUCAUAUCCCUGCGAGUCUUUUACGAUUUAUCAACCUUCGAGGUGUGAUAUCUGUUGGGACAAAACUCUUUAAAGGUCACCUUGAAUAUAAAAUGCCAACACAUAGAUUAAAGAAUGAUGACGAAACUCAUAUUGAGCUCGAACAUGUUCAAGAGGACAAGAACGUCCUUAUAUAUCAUGAAAGGGACGACCCAUAUGAACAACUUGCGGAUCAAGAGAUUAUUCCAAAUCUGAAUGAAAAGGGAAUUCUUGUUAAAUGGCUGAUUUGUGAAUUCCAGUUUGGAACAGAUAUUAGAUACGAAAUAUUUGAAAUAUUUAGUAGGACUGACAGAUUGAUAUUCAUACUUUCAAGACGAACUCUUCUUGACAGUGAGAGCAUGUUUAUACUGUCGUCAGCAAUCACUCAAUCCCGACUCCAGAAAGGAAUAUUUCUCUUGUUGUAUGUUGUUGAAGAAAUAGACGAAAACUCAAGACUUGUAAACGGAGACUUAUUGGAGUUUUUAAGACAAAACAUCUACUUGACGCAUGAAGAAAGACACCCUGUUGAAAAGCUAUAUGAAGCUAUUAGGUUUGAGCAAGAAAUUGACGUGAACAGAGACGAUUCUGAAAAUUCCGUUGGUGACGGUGAACAUGAGGAUAUGAUAGGAAAUGCAGACUAA